AUUACCAAAUUUCGACACGGUGGUUGAGGUUUUGAUUUGAACCACUCAGAAGUUACUCUAUAGUAUAGCAUCAAAUCAUUGUUACUUUGAUGUAUAGAAUUUUAAACGUUUGUAAUAUAAUCAUAUAGGAAUCCUAUGACCGGAUCUAACCAAAUUAAGACUAGCCGAUUAUCGCAGUUUCGCUCGAAUAUCUUUCAUUACGCUUCGCAUGAAAACGCUUUCCAUAUUUCCUGCAACAUUGUGUGUAUCCUACAGUCCAAACUCGGAUUCUUGCUAGAGACCAAAACAAAACCAUUUGAAAAGAAGUCCGUGCAUAGAAUUCCGAGUGUACAUUUAGCCUAGCUAGUUUAGGAGAAAAUAGUGGUUUACCUGGAAUACGCCAACCACCAACCAAUUUCUGUUUUGGGAGAGCACGUCAAGGCACUAAAGUAUUUCAUGGAUUUUCUGUGUUUCAGGACACUGUGCUGUAAAGGACCACCGUCUCCCAGACCAGAGUAUGACCUGGUGUGUAUUGGACUCACAGGCUCGGGGAAGACCAGUCUACUCUCCAGACUCUGCAGUGAAGCCACAGACAACAUCGGGCCAACUACGGGUUUUAGCAUCAAAGCUGUUCCAUUCCAGAAUGCCAUUCUAAAUGUGAAGGAACUCGGAGGAGCAGACUCGAUAAAGAAGUACUGGUCGCGGUACUACCAGGGUUCCCAGGGAGUGGUGUUCAUCCUGGACAGCGCCUCCACAGACGAGGACCUGGAGUUGGCCCGCACUGAGCUCCACUCUGCCCUGCAGCACCCCCAGCUCUGCACCCUGCCCUUCCUCAUACUGGCCAACCACCAGGACAAACCUGCCGCUCGCACUACACAGGAGAUAAAGAAGUAUUUUGAGCUGGAGCCUCUGGCCCGAGGGAAGAGCUGGAUUCUAGAAGGCAGCUCAGUGGACAACAUGGAUGCCGUGAAACAGAGCUUCACUCAGCUCAUUGAGCUGCUGGAGGACAAGGACCAAGACACAGGCAGGAUAUGAGCUGGGACCUAAACUAUUGGGAACUACAAAUCCCACAGGACCUGCUGAGCCACAAGAACUACAAACCACACAGGUCCCACAGGACCUGCUGAGCCACAGGGAACUACAAAUCCCACUUGGGUCGACAGUUAGACCCCACAGGAGCCACAUCCGAGCUACAAAGCCCAUGGGAGGGCAUACCACACAGGCAGUCCAUACCACACAGGCAGUCCAUACCACACAGGCAGUCCAUACCACACAGGCAGUCCAUACCACACAGGCAGUCCAUACCACACAGGCAGUCCAUACCACACAGGCAGGCCAUACCACACAAGCAGUCCAUACCACACAGGCAGGCCAUACCACACAGGCAGGCCAUACCACACAGGCAGGCCAUACCACACAGGCAGUCCAUACCACACAGGCAGACCAUACCACACAGGCAGACCAUACCACACAGGCAGUCCAUACCACACAGGCAGUCCAUACCACACAGGCAGGCCAUACCACACAGGCAGGCCAUACCACACAGGCAGGCCAUACCACAAUGGAGCAACCUGAUCACAGAGGAACCAUAGAACAUGGAGUCAUUCCCCUCCGCAGAGAAUCUAUGGGCCGCCAGGGUUGUAAUGGUUAGAGAAGUAAAAGACUACCAGCUCUCAAACUGUAGAGACCUGGUGGACUGACUCCCUGAAAAGUAGUGCUGAGUGAUUAACUGAAAUGUCGGUUUAUUUUUGUUUUUUUAAAUAACGAAUCGGUCAACGUCAGUUCAAUUAUUUGAAUACCUUUUACUUCGUUUUUUUUCCUGUGCGCUCAAUGUGCCAUUUCUCUAGAGAGAUUUCUCUCUGGGGUAGGUUGUUCAACUCAUCAUACAGUAGUUACGUACAUAAAUCGUGUUAAUUAAUACAAUGACCAGAAUCCAUUGUGCCUACAGCUGCCUGUUCUCAUUGGUUCUUGCUGGACAAGCUCUGUGGGCGGAGAUGAGAUGAUGACUUGGUAUAAAAUAAUAAGUCACCAAAUACAUAUUGUUUUAUAUACAGUUGAAGUCGGAAGUUUACAUACACUUUAGCCAAAUAUAUUUAAACUCAGUUUUUCACAAUUCCUGACAUUUAAUCCUAGUAAAAAUUCCCUGUCUUAGGUCAGUUAGGAUCACCACUUUAUUUUAAGAAGGUGAAAUGUCAGAAUAAUAGAAGAGAAUGAUUUAUUUCAGCUUUUAUUUCGUUCAUCACAUUCCUAGUGGGUCAGAAGUUUACAUACAUACACUCAAUUAGUAUUUGGUACCAUUGCCUAUAGAUUGUUUAACGUGGGUCAAAUGUUUCAGGUAGCCUUCCACAAGCUUCCCACAGUAAGUUGGGGGAAUUUUGGCCCAUUCUUCCUGGCAGAGCUGGUGUAACUGAGUCAGGUUUGUAGGCCUCCUUGCUCGCACAUGCUUUUUCAGUUCUGCCCACAAAUUUUCCAUAGAAUUGAGGUCAGGGCUUUGUGAUGGCCACUCCAAUACCUUGACUUUGUUGUCCUUAAGCCAUUUUGCCACAACUUUGGAAGUAUGCUUGGGGUCAUUGUCCAUUUGGAAGACCCAUUUGCGACCAAGCUUUAACUUUCUGACUGAUGUCUUGAGAUGUUGCUUCAAUAUAUCCUCAUCAUUUUCCCUCCUUCAUGAUGCCAUCUAUUUUGUGAAGUGCACCAGUCCCUCCUGCUGCAAAGCACCCCCACAACAUGAUGCUUCCACCCCCGUGCUUCACAGUUGGGAUGGUGUUCUUCGGCUUGCAAGACUCCCCCUUUUUUCUCCAAAAAUAACGAUGGUCAUUAUGGCCGAACAGUUCUAUUUUGUUUCAUCAGACCAGAGGACAUUUCUCCAAAAAGCACGAUCUUUGUCCGCAUGUGCAGUUGCAAACCAUAAUCUGGCUUUUUUAUGGCUGUUUUGGAGCAGUGGCUUCUUCCUUGCUGAGCGGCCUUUCAGGUUAUGUCAAUAUAGGACUCGUUUUACUAUGGAUAUUGAUACUUUAUACCUGUUUCCUCCAGCAUCUUCACAAGGUCCUUUGCUGUUGUUCUGGGAUUGAUUUGCACUUUUCGCACCAAAGUACAUUAAUCUCUAGGAGACAGAACGCGUCUCCUUCCUGAGUGCUAUGACGGCUGCGUGGUCCCAUGGUGUUUAUACUUGCGUACUAUUAUUUAAAGAGAUGAACUUGGUACCUUCAGGGGUUUGGAAAUUGCUCCCAAGGAUGAACCAGACUUGUGGAGGUCUUGAAUGAUUUCUUUUGAUUUUCCCAUGAUGUCAAGCAAAGGGGCACUGAGUUUGAAAGUAGGCUUUGAAAUACAUCCACAGGUACACCUCCAAUUGACUCAAAUGAUGUCACUUAGCCUAUCAGAAGCUUCUAAAGCCAUGACAUCCUUUUCUGGAAUUUUCCAAGCUGUUUAAAGACACCGUAAACUUAGUGUAUAACUUCUGACCCACUGGAAUUGUGAUACAGUGAAAUAUAAGUGAAAUAAUCUGUCUGUAAACAAUUGUUGGAAGAAUUACUUGUGUCAUGCACAAAGUAGAUGUCCUAACUGACUUGCCAAAACUCUAGUUUGUUAACAAGACAUUUGUGGAGUGGUUGAAAAAUGAGUUUUAAUGACUCCAACCUAAGUGUAUGUAAACUUACAACUUCAACUAUAUAUAUAUAUAUAUAUAAUGUAAGUAAUGUGAAUGAAGGAUGGAGUGUAGAGCAUCUACAGAUGGACGCCAGGUAGUGUUACAUGGUUUAUUAAUAAGUAAUGGGCAGUCACUACCAUCAUUGGGGUUUUAAUAAUUAAAUAAUAUAUAUACACAACCAAAAUAUAAAACUUGAACCAUAACUGUAAUGGCAGUCACUACCAUCAAUUGUUUAAUUCUGUGUUGUUACAGCCUUGAACACAAAAUAUUUUUUUAUAAAAAAAAUUAAAAAAAAUGUAACUGAAAUUGAAGACCGUGAUUAGUUUUUUUUUUUUUUACGAACCGAAACUGAACAGACCUCAAAAGGCACUAAUCUCUCAGCACUACUGAAAAGGCACUUAUCAUGUUGGAAAUGUAAUGCCUUGCCUUCACUCAAAAUAAAUAUCUGUAUUUAAGACAUACAGAACAUCAGUUUGCCACUAAUGCUUUAUUAUCAAUCUCAUGAUUCACUUCUGAUUGUUUUUGUCCUUUUGAUGACUGAUAGUUGUACAUUGCUACUAGACUGUAUGUAGUUUAGAAUAACUGGAAUAUGUAUUGGGUCAUGCACAAUGGUUUAGUCCUACAACACUUACUUGUCUGUGACAAAUGUUUUAACUUCAAGGCCUUGAGAUGUGUUUUAAAGCCAAACCUUUAAAAGUGUCUUCACAAACAUGUUAAACCAAGUUGCAGUAUUUUUUAGCUCCACACCAUUGAUUCACAGGUGGUCUCUCUCAAUACACAGUAAGAAGAAAUUGAGACUAAAUGUUAAUAGUUGAAUUGAAAGCUUUCUCUCUCUGUUGAUUCACUGAAAUGCAUAUUGUGGAGAAUAAACUUUAGAUGUUAAUUGAGUAUUUUAGUAAUUUGAUAGUAUUACCUUUUUACUGGGGCCAAAACUCCUGUCCCUCUGUGUGUAAGAAACAGUAAAGUGUGAAAUUGAAUGCAGUUUGCACAAUACUGAAGUCAAUGAAGUCUGUCAGGAGGAUUUCCAAAUGAUAGUACAGGGCCUUCACAGUGGACUGUGUGUACAGUAUGUGUCUGUUUCAUGUACAGUGAUGACGUGUUCCUUUUUUAAUGUUGUAAUUGUCACCUUUGAAUGUAAGAACACACACACUCACACAGGUCAAAGGUUACAGGUUGGUUAUACAGACUCGCUACUCAGAGAGAUGAUAGAAACAUUUCAAAGCUGUUCAUGUACAUUUCUUUGCUUCUUACCAAUGUAACUUUUAUUGGCUGCAUCUACUGGUGGGGAAUGAGUUCAGUUGUCAGUCAGAACACCUCGUGUUGUCUAGAAGUGCCUCAAAAUGCUGUCAAUCAUUAUUAUUAUUAUUAUUAGCAGUGUUGUCAAUCAUCUGCGACUGUUGUCCCCUUCGGAUGACAUGAAGUAAUUUCUUACACCCCCUAAGGGUUAAACUUACCCUUUGGGGUGCCCCACCUAGUUGUCGUGGUUACCAGACUGUCCACGUGGCCACAGGUAUAUCUCAAGAGUUUUCUGAGCUCUAGAUCUUUAGGAUAUCUUGGAUACGUUUAGUCUUUAUAGAGAGAAGUAUACCAAUACCUGAACAUAUUGUUGUGUUUAUAUUAAUGUAUCUACCACAUUUGUGUGUGUAUAUAUAUAUCCUGAUAGCCAAACUCUUCAAGCUGCCUUUUUUUUCUAAUUCAUUUAUACCUAUAUCAAGAUCAAUUUGUACAUUUGUUACAGAUGGUCUUGUUAUAAUCUGGAAGGGCAGGAACGUGUCUGUGUUUAUACUGGAAGAUGAAAUCGACAUUUAGCAGUUUGCUUUAGUGGCUUCGAGUCUAUUCUGAAGUUCUACUGUGUAUCUACAUAAUUUAUGCAUAAUUCCACUUGGCAACAUGGACAAUAAAGGCUAAAUAAGGA